AACCGGUCACAGUGGAAGAGGCCUGACAGGGUGGCAGAAGAGCAGACGGGGCUCCCGCGUGACUCUGGAGAGCAGGAUCACACUCCUUCACACAAAGGGCAGGUGUCUGUGUUGCUGAUGCGCUUGUACUGAACAAAUAACUGAGACAAGACUGGAGAACAACAGGACAGAUGACAUGCAAUCCCAGAGAAAGGUGGGGGUAGUGGAUUAUCUAAAUGGCUCCCAGAUUGUGUUCUCUGGUGAAGAACGACAUGUAUCCCAGCAGCUGGCCCUUUCUAAAGGUUUACCCUGGCCUUCUGCACAACUGCCAUCACAGAAUAUGCCUACUUUGAACAUACAAAACUUGAGUGAUGAAGUACCUGCUCAUGUCGUAACAGAUAUGAAGCUACAAAACCUUUCCUCUUGCAGUACCUCAUUGAGGCCUACAGUGCCACUAAAUCAGAAAAUGACAGUGAUCAAUGGUGAUGGAUCCCACACCCUGAACUUUGGCUAUGACAGCAUUCCAGAUAGAAAACCCACAUGGGUGAUGGCAUCCAGGGGCCAGCCAGUCAGUAUUAACCCAGAGGGUAUCUUGACACCUUCAUUGAACAUGCUUUCCAUGGAUAUGUCUUCCUCUUUGCAUUUAAUGGAAAAUGGAAUAGCAUCUUUUAAUGAGCCUCCUGCUUCCAGUCAACUGACCAAUGGAAUUAGGACUCAGGAAAGUUUCAGAGAAAAUAACGGCAUCUGUGAAAAUUCUUUAUAUCAAGAUAUUGCUCGUCCUUCUGGAAUGACUGCUUCGCAGUCCUUGGGCAAGCAUCAAGAUGGAGAAAAGUGGGUGAAAUUUGCUGGGAUCGGCCCUGUGGAUGAGACAGGAAUGCCUAUUGCUUCUAGAUCGAGUGUGAAUGAUCCCAGGCACUGGUACCGCAGCAUGUUUAGACAAAUCCACAAAAAACCUGCAGAGCUGGACUUUGAUUGCGGAAGACCUAUUUUUCCUGAUGGAGAGUCCUGCAGCCCAAGAAACACAGCCAGGUUGGACAAAGUGGACAGAGUCUAUGAUGAGAGAAGAUUAUUUGGGCUCACACCCUAUGGAUCUCUACCUGAUUGGAGUGACUUGGGAGCUGCCGAGGAGGACUGUGGAUCGAAUUGUGAGGGGACGGCACCCCCCAAACCUGGGAGCAUCUUUGACUAUGAGCCUGAGCAGAACAUUCAGGAUGGAAAACAGCAUUUUGCUUUUCUAACACAGCGACAAUCUCCACCCAUUGAGGUAGUCCUUGAGAAAGAACUGAAGCAAUUUGAAGUUGAGCUUGACUCCGAUAUUGAAGGCAUACAGAGGCGCCUAUCACAGAAAAAGCAACGUCGCCGUCUGGGUGAGAACGUGUUGAGCAACUCCCCGGUGAGCACACAGACAGUCACAGCUGGCGAGCCGGACACAGGAAAUCAGCCAUCAGUAAUUCAGCUGGGGUGUGGCCUCCCACAUGACAAUCUUUGGAGUACAAAGACGACUAGCAACAAGGAUCCACCCCUUAUUGAUUUCUCGAGUGUCUCAACGAAGACUAUGGAGUUUCCACCGAAAAGAGAUGAGAGAAAGAUGAAACCAGCCCGAGCCAAAUUUGACUUUCUUGCCCAAUCACCAAAGGAGCUGACUCUCCGAAAGGGAGAUGUGGUGUAUAUCCACAGGCAGGUGGAUGCUAAUUGGCUGGAAGGGGAGCAUCAUGGGAUGGUGGGAAUCUUCCCAGAGAGUUAUGUUGAGAUAAUUCCUGCUUCUGAGAAGCCAACGCCUAUCAAACUACCCACCCUGCAAGUGCUGGAGUAUGGAGAGGCGAUUGCUCUCUUUAACUUCAAGGGAGAUCUGCCAGUGGAGAUGUCUUUUCGCAAGGGGGAACAAAUUUGUCUGAUUCGCCGUGUUGAUGACAACUGGCUAGAUGGGAAGAUUUCUGGCACUUCAAGACAGGGCAUCUUUCCUGCUAGCUAUGUGAAGAUUGUAAAGAUGCCAGUGACAAAGAGCUGUGAUGAUUACCCUUUAUCACCUACAGCGAUCCAGCCUGUCUCUACCUCGCUCAGUCCUCAUCAACUCACCCCAUCUAUCCCCCUACAAUCCCCAACCCUUCGCUCUCCAUCUCUUCCUAGCCCUCCUGCCUCUUGGAAUAUUUCAGAGUCCCCAACCUCCAUAUCUUUGACUAAUCAUCUCCCUCAGUCUUGCUCCAGUCCCGGUUUUCUUAAAUCACCUACGUCAAAGUUUCCUCCUCCUCCUCCUCCUGACCAACAUGUCAAUCACCUUGCCUCUGGUCCACCCAGAUCUUCUUUGCACUCAAUUUCAACACAAUCAACAUUGCCUCAACCAUCGACUGCUUUGACUGUUGGCCAACCCAGGCCUACAGCACAGAUAUCCAAUCACAACUCUUCUUCCCACCAGAGGACAGGCCCACCAAUAUCAGGACAACAGUUUUUAUCCAAGCAAGAGACUACAAUCCCACAAGUCAAAACUACGUUGCCAGAAAAUGUAAAAUCACAACAGGGGCCAAUAUCUCCUUCAUCACUUGCUUCUCAACAACCUACAGUGCCAACCCAGAGUCCAAGCUAUUUACAAGGCAAUGGGUCAUUUAGUUCAAUGGAUGCUCUCAAGGCUGUACCUUCCACACAGUUUCCAGCUAAAAAUAACUCUGUGAAGCUUCAGCGACAACCGUUUAGAGCCAUUUAUAACUACACCCCCCAGAACAGUGAUGAACUGGAGCUGUGGGAAGGAGACAUUGUACAGGUUAUUGAAAUGUGUGAUGACGGCUGGUUUGUAGGUGUGUCUGAAAGGACCCGGGCUUUUGGUACAUUCCCAGGAAACUAUCUCAUGCCUGUUUGAGUAGAACUAGUUCCUUGAAUGAAACUACUUGCAUUGAGAGCAUCAACACGUGGAUGCCUUGUCUCUUCACCUCACCUUAUGUCACACUACGAAUUGAGAAUGAUUUUGGGGACCAACUCUGCUGACAUCCUUCAACAGACAUUUUUUAAUUUCCAUAAGACCAUGGAAACUGUUAACAUGGUGUGAUUCAAACCUGGAAGAGAAUGCAGGAGCAACUAGAACUAUCCCUACAGAAUGAGGCUGUUAGGUGAUUUCCAAAAAUCCAGGAGAAAAACACUAUAUACACUAUAAGGCUGUCAAAUCUCAAUAUUCUUUCUGAUUUAAAAGGGCUUAUAAUUGGGACCAGUAUGCACCACCUAAACUCUCUCUGCUACACUACUGUGGUAUUACACAGGCGACAAUAUUUUGAGAUGUGUUUCUUUGAUUGCUAUUUCCACAAGAUAUCAUUGAGACUCGCCUUCUGGAUAUGAAGGUUUGGCAGUUUGUACUGGAGGUCCUGAUCUUUCCAUAUAAAUAUUUUGAAAACAAAAACAACAAGGUGACUAUUGGGAAGAAUUAUGGAAAAAGCAGCGGGCAAAUUGUACCACUUUUGCUUGUGGGACACAAAAAGUUAAGAAUAAUGUCUGGUGGCUGAUGACAGUUGUACCAGACAGAUUUUAAUUUCCUCAUUUCUUACAUCCUGUAGCUGCAGUCUUUUGCUUUGAUGCUGAUGGUGUACAGCAGUGAUUACUGAGGAUUCCGAUGCCUUCUAUGUCUCCUGCCACACCCAUUACAGCCCUUCAAUUGAUUAAAUGAAGGUAGAAGAACACAAACAUGGAACUGUAAGGGCCUUUUAUAAUCAAAACCACAAAAUUAGAUGCAUUGUGAUGACUUUGUGCUUCUAAAUAUUGGAGGUAUUGAAGAAAGAAGUUUGAAACUUAGACUCUGUGGGAGCAGCUGAUUACAAAAUUGUCACAAUUUGGCAAAAAUUGACAUUUUGUGAUGUUUCUAUUUUUUCCCACUUCUCAGUUUAUGAAUGACUUUUUACUCUGUUAUGUUUUGGUUAACCUGGGUAUUUUCUGACCCCAUUUUGCUGCUCACCUGCUAAUAUUCUCUACAAUAUUGUUAAAUAUUAUCUUCCACUGUGCACGAAAGGUACUGUGAUGCACUCCUCUCAGAACUUGCCAUUGUAUAUGUACAGUAUGCACAAUGAGUUUUUGAUCCAUCUUUAUGUUUCAUUUACUACGUUACAUCUGAAACUGUGAUGACAUGUCUUACAAGACACAUCCAGCUGAAUGGUACUUCACCUGUCCUGCACCUCAAAAACUAUAAAGGACUAUUCAAGCACCUGUCUUAUGUCACAUCCACAUGUGAUUGUCACUGUGCUACCCUUUGUUUAACUGCUCCCUUACAAUUUUAUAAUUCCAUCCAUAAGAUAACUUACUGAAGUUAAACUACUAUUGCAGGUGUCACCUUCAAGUGGCGAGCACUGUACUACAUUCUGCUUUUUCAUGAAUCUACUUUCUGACCCACAACUCGCCCACGGUUUCUAGCCCUAUGCAGCUCUCCAUCUUCUUGAAUCAUUCCUACGCUCUCCUGCUAUGGUUAGGGUGAUAUGCUUCUGUAGAUUAAAAAUUCAAAACACUUGCUUUGUUUAAGUACCCCUGCCAUCCUGGUCCACUCGGAGAUCUCAGUGUUACUGUUUUAUAAACUAUAGCAAGGCAGUACUCAAAAUCCUGAUUGUAAAUAAUGCGUGAGGGCUUGCAUGUGCAAUGCCUGCCCUCCAGCCAAAUGUACUUACUUUGGAGCACACUUUUUUAAGGUUUUCCUCUCUCUUAAUCUGGAUUCCUUUAAGCCACUUUUUUGCUUAUUACUGCAUCUGAUGUGCAGGCCAAAUUUACCGAGGUCAAGUGGAAGCUUUUUUGAGGACAAACACGAAGUCUUAGUAGAAAUCAAAACUAAAUUGGAGACCUCUAGACCCUCAACAAUAAGAAGUCAUUAAGACUUUGCAGUGCUCCAUGUCAUAUUGAUGGGACAUCUAGUGGAGGGUUGCUUACUUCAUAAGGAUUAGGACAAGCAACAAGGAAUUCUUAACAACAAUUUUCAUGUAUGAUAACUUACACUUUAAAGAAGGUAUUUGGUUUUCUUUACUGUGGAUUCUGCAUCUUUUUGGACAUUGUUUAAAGGAAAACCAGCAAGAUAAGAAAGGAGAUCAAAGUUCAUGGCAUCUAUGCCUAAGGUUAAAGGCUCACUAGUAAUUCUUCAGCUUGCUCUUCUUUCAAAAAUUUCAGAAAUGGCACUGAGGUUGCAAUGGCUGUAAGCAUACAUAAGUACACACUAACUGAAAUAUAUGUGUGUGUAUUAAAAUGUACACAUGUGAAUAUACAUACAUGUACAAAAUAUAGAUAUAUAUAGAUAAAUAUAUAUACACACACAUACAGCUCCAUGCAAAAGUCUGGACACCCUUCCUAUUUACACAUUUUAUUCUCAUUAGAUGUAAAAAAUAGUAAAUACAAUAGCAAACUCAUUAAAACAAUGGUCUUUUUAAUGAAAAUGUUAAUGUACAGUAAUGAUUUAUUUGAACUGUAAAAAUGUAAAAAUUAUUUUCUUUUAAAUAUUACACCUGAGGGAAAAUUAACACUGGCAAGUGAUAAAAUACAAAAGAACCAUGAAUGAAA